AUGGCGAUGGAAUCCCAAGCAGAGGCACUCGGCCAGUUAGCAACUGAUGAUCUAGAAGGAAAGUUUGCACUGCUCGAGACUUCAUCUGUUGAUGACGAUCUUUCACAACUGAAAAAGGAAUUGUCUGGAAGCUCUUUGAAAGGAGAGCUUCCUCCAGGGAGAACAGCAGUCAGCAACUCAGGUGCUGGGCGCCCUUUCCCCGACCUAGAGAUUGAGAGCGAGCUAAACGAGCUGCGGAGGAAGGCCAAAGAAUAUUAG